AUGGGUAGCCGCAACAGACAGACACUGCAAGAUCGCCGAAAGGGGGAGCUGGCCCUCUCUGAUUUUGCUGAUUAUGUAGAACGACAGCGAGCAAAGACACGCCUUCCGUAUCCCGAUUCCGUUGCUGGCGACAGCGGUUACGGCACUGGCGCUCCCUCGUCCGUCGCUGAAGAUCAUGCAGAGCUCGAGAUCCUUGAUCAAUUAGACCUCUCCGACGCCCCAAGCCGGACAAAACUAAAAGAGUUGCUGCUUGAUACCUCGGGUGAUGCAGCCGCAACCUUACAGGAAUUGUCGGGCUUUCUAGAAUCCAGGUUAGACGAGGGCCAUGGCGAGACGCUCUUUGAUCUAGGACUUGAGGACAGCGGUGACUCAAUGCGAUUCACUAAAGAGCAAUGGGACCUUGCUAUGACACGCAUCACUGAAGCAGCCGGUAUGCUCAACGCGACAGUCAACGUGCUCCUGACAUACAAUGUUGGUGGUGAUAAGGAGGCUCAUCCAAACACGACUCAUGACCAUUCAAGCCAUGGCAAGCUACUCAUUCGACAGACCCCAGCAACGGCUGAAGAAGUUAUCGAGACGCGAAUUGCGGUGGUUGGUAAUGUUGAUGCAGGCAAGUCUACUAUGUUAGGUGUCCUCGUCAAGGGGAGCCUGGACGAUGGCCGCGGCAAGGCUCGUGUCAACCUGUUUCGUCACAAGCACGAGAUUGAAUCUGGUCGGACUUCGUCUGUGGGCAUGGAGAUUAUGGGCUUUGACACUCAUGGGGAAGUAGUCACAUCCACCGUUCCGGGUCGCAAACUCACUUGGGCGGAGAUUGGGACCCGUUCAGCAAAGGUCAUCUCAUUUACCGACCUAGCUGGACACGAGCGAUAUCUUCGGACAACAGUUUUUGGCCUCCUCUCCUCGGCACCAAACUACUGUCUGCUCAUGGUGGCAGCCAACAACGGACUGAUCGGUAUGUCGAAGGAGCACCUCGGCUUAGCACUGGCCUUGAACGUGCCUGUCAUGGUCGUCAUCACCAAGAUCGAUAUUUGCCCUCCCCAGAUUCUUGAACAGACGAUCACCCAGCUGACGAGGAUAUUGAAAUCACCUGGAGCGAGGAAAAUUCCCGUCUUCAUCAAGACAUACGAGGAAACAGUUCUGACAGCCACACAAUUUGUGUCCCAGCGGAUUUGCCCAAUCUUCCAGGUCUCAAAUGUCACUGGGGAAUCCCUGGACCUUGUUCGAACUUUUCUCAAUAUCCUUCCGCAUCACGGUCAUUAUGACGAUCAGGCGCCUUUUGAAUUUCAUAUUAAUGACACUUUCUCCGUCCCAUUUGUGGGAACAGUUGUGUCGGGAGUUGUGAAGUCCGGGAUAAUUCAUGCAGGUGACAACGUUCUCGUGGGACCAGACUCGCUUGGACAGUUUCAGACAACAAAUAUUCGAUCGAUCGAACGGAAAAGAAUCCAGGUACCGGCAUGUAGCGCCGGCCAGUCUGCCUCCCUUGCCCUGAGAAGGAUACGAAAGAAAGAAGUGCGCAAAGGCAUGGUCGUACUCCCGAAGCUCGAAGGCCCGCCACCCAAGGUUUAUCGAGAAUUUGUCGCCGAGGUUUUGAUUUUGUCCCACCCAACCACCAUACGACCAAAGUACCAAGCGAUGCUUCAUGUAGGGCCUAUCAGCCAGACUUGCGCCAUCAUUGAGAUUGACCGUGAGUACAUUCGAACCGGAGAUCGAGCCACUGUCGCGUUCCGAUUCGUCCAGAGGCCCGAGUUCCUUGCAGUGGGGGACAAGAUACUAUUCCGCGAGGGAAAGACCAAGGGUUUGGGCAUCGUGAAGUCUUUGGACUACGAAGAGGGGUCACUGAGCAAACAUGAGCGGCAGAGUGUGCAAGGGCCGUCUAAUGGAGAGGGGUCGAAUGAGAAACCCAAGGCGGAGGAGAAGGUGGCUUCAUCAACAGCGGGAGUAGCAACAAGCGACAGGCGGAGUAAGUAG